GACGGCGGAGGACAGGAAAACGGUGAGCGGAUUCGACCGGAAGCGAGACCGAGAAACUGGAAGCACUUCCGCCUCACUCCCCCUGGAGGAUGGUAGCCUCACGGACGCCUGUAAUGUCCUCCUGUCACGACGAGCUGCGGAGGCCCCUCGCGUAGGAGGAUUUUCUACAUUUUCAGGCCGGCAGCUGGGCGGACGUACCUGAGGAGUGAUGCCUGUUGAAAGUGGAAGCAGCGCAGCCGCCCGUCAAGCCAAACAGAAGCGCAAGUCGCACAGUCUCUCCAUUCGCAGGACAAACAGCACGGAGCAGGAGCGCACCGGCAUGCAGCGGGACAUGCUGGAAGGCCAGGAUUCCAAGCUGCCCAUGUCUCUCAGGAGCAAUCUGCUUGACCUGUUUGGGCAGAUUGAGCGGGAAUUUGAAAAUCUCUACAUUGAAAAUUUGGAAUUGCGCCGGGAAAUCGACACGCUAAAUGAGAGGCUGGCAGCUGAAGGACAGACUAUUGACGGAGGAGAUCUCAGCAAAGGACCUUUAAAGGCAAAAGCCAGCCACAGUACAAGCCAACUCUCCCAAAAGCUGAAGACGACAUACAAGGCCUCUACAAGCAAGAUCGUGUCAAGCUUCAAAGCCACCACCUCGCGUGCUGUAUGCCAGCUAGUGAAGGAGUACGUCGGCCACCGCGAUGGCAUCUGGGACCUCAGUGUCACUCGCACCCAACCCAUCAUCCUAGGCACCGCGUCUGCUGACCACAAUGCCAUGCUGUGGAGCAUCGAGACCGGGAAGUGUCUCCUGAAGUACGUCGGCCACGCUGGGUCAGUUAAUUCUAUCAAGUUUCACCCCACUGAACAGAUGGCUCUUACAGCCUCAGGGGACCAGACAGCUCACAUCUGGAGGUUCAUGGUGCAGUUGCCCGCCCCCCAGCCCGUGGCUGACAUAACCGCCCCCAGCGAGGACGACGUGGACUUCUCUGACAAAGAUGAGGCGGAUGCCGACGCAGAGGGCCCCAAUGAGUGCCCGUCCAUCCGGGUGCCGUCCAGCACCUUAAAGAGCCACCAGGGCGUGGUGAUCGCUGCCGACUGGCUGGUUGGCGGCAAGCAGGCGGUCACAGCCUCCUGGGACAGGGCAGCCAACCUCUACGACGUGGAGACAUCAGAGCUGGUCCACUCGCUCACAGGUCACGACCAGGAACUGACCCACUGCUGCACACACCCAACCCAGCGACUGGUGGUGACCUCGUCGCGGGACACCACCUUCCGCCUUUGGGACUUCAGAGACCCCUCCAUACACUCUGUAAAUGUCUUUCAAGGUCACACGGACACCGUGACAUCGGCGGUCUUCACAGUGGGUGACAACGUGGUGUCCGGCAGCGACGACCGCACUGUCAAGGUGUGGGACCUGAAGAACAUGAGAUCGCCCAUAGCGACCAUCCGCACCGACUCGGCCGUUAAUAGGAUCAGUGUUUCCGUGAGCCAAAGAAUCAUUGCUCUUCCUCACGAUAAUCGACAAGUCAGGCUGUUUGACAUGUCCGGGGUGCGUCUGGCACGACUCCCUCGCAGCAACCGACAGGGCCACCGGCGCAUGGUGUGCUGCUCGGCCUGGAGCGAGGACAGCCCCACCUGCAACCUGUUCACCUGCGGCUUCGACCGCCAGGCCAUCGGCUGGAACAUCAACAUCCCAGCACUGCUUCAGGAGAAGUGACGGCCAGCAGCCACCCACCCCCAUGCCUCCCCCAAACACAGUUGCGCUGCUCACACACACCCCCAUUGUGCUCCGCCCACUGCCCCCAGCGUGCACCACUCGAGUUAAUGUGAAAGCGCCUCCGAGGAGAGGGGGUGCUCUGUGUUUAUUAGUCGUUUGUUCCCGUGUGCGCUCGUUUUGUGUGUGUGUGUGUGUGUGUGUGUGUGUGUGUGUGUGUGUGUGUGUGAGAGAGAGAGAGAUGGGACUAUUUUAAAUAUCCAUGUAUAGCAAUGAACAGUCCUGUGCUUUUUUUAAUUUUGCUGAUUGAAAAUAUUGAGUGAAACGUGACGGAAGAGGCCAAACAGGAGAUGUACAAUUAGUAUAGGGAACGUACACACUUUUCAAGGUGCUCAUGAUAAUUAUGAUCUGUGUGCGGGAGGAUGUCUUUGUUGCAUGUCUUCAGUAUGACACGUGCGCUCGCUCGUGCCUCUGCCAAAUGCAGACUCACGCUGUGGAGGAACGUGUUCUUCUCUGUCAGUGUGCAGUGCGCCUUUCGACUCUUUCACUCAUUUCCUCACGUGUUCCUUGAAAGUCUGAUGCUGUUACAUUUGUCUUCAAUUUCUAAUGUUCAGCGUAGCCGUGUAUUUCUGUAUAAAUUACUUUUAGACACAGUAACGUGCCGUAGUUCAGGCGCCCUGGUCAAAGUGCACAUGUCCGUGAACAAGCGUGCGAAGUGUGAC